UGACUUAUUAUUGCUGCUUUCUGUCACACUGACUCUCUUCAUUUCUGUACUGGAUUCUAAAAAUCAUAUAUCAUUGGAGAAUGAAGACAAUCACAACAAACACUUUCAAGAAGCAUUUUUGAGAUGUUUAUUUCUGAAUAGGCAGCAGAUCUUUGUCAUUUUUAACACGUCAUUCAGAAAGUGAAAGUCAGGUUCAGAUUACUGCAGCUCAAACAGUGGAAAUGGCUUCACUAAAUGUGUCUGCAGAAGAACUUUCUUGUCCCGUGUGCUGUGAAAUCUUCAAGAAUCCUGUUCUUUUAUCUUGCAGUCACAGUUUCUGUAAAGAGUGUCUUCAACAGUUCUGGAGAACCAAGAAAACUCAGGAGUGUCCUGUUUGCAGGAAAUCUUCAAGAGAUGAUCCUCCUCUUAAUCUUAUAUUAAAAAACAUGUGUGAGUUACUUCUGAAAGACAGAAAUUUGACAUGUUCAUCAGGAUCUGAGGAGAUCUGCAGUUUACACAGCGAGAAACUCAAACUCUUCUGUCUGGAGGACAAACAGCCUGUGUGUUUAGUGUGCAGAGACUCCAAACAACACGACAAUCACAAAUUCAGACCCAUCAGUGAAGUGGUUUCUUCAUACAAGGAGAAGCUCAAUACAGCACUGAAGUCUUUACAAAAGAAACUCAAACACAAUGAAAAAAUGCAAGCAGAGUUUGAGAAAACAGUUCAACACAUCAAGUCUCAAGCCGAUCACACAGAGCGUCAGGUUAAACAUGAGUUUGAGAAGCUUCAUCAGUUUCUCCGAGAUGAAGAAGAAGCUACAAUCACUGCACUGAGAGAGGAAGAGGAGCAGAAGAAGCAGAUGAUGAAGGAGAAGCUGGAGGAGAUGAACACACACAUCUCAGCUCUUUCACACACGAUCAAAGACACGGAGGAGAUGCUGAAAGCCAAUGACGUCUGCUUUCUAAAGGAGUUUCCAGUCUCGAUGGAAAGAGUCCAGAUCUCACAGCCGGAUCCACAGACGCCUUCUGGAGCUUUGAUUCAUGUGUCUCGCUACUUGGGGAACCUGCCGUUCAGAGUCUGGAAGAAGAUGCAGGACAUCGUCCACUACACUCCUGUGAUUCUGGAUCCAAACACUGCAAACCCAUUUCUCAACAUGUCUGAUGAUCUGACCAGUGUGAGGGACAGAGACGACAUCGAACCUCUUCCUGAUAAUCCAGAGAGGUUUGACCAAAUGUACUGUGUUCUGGGUUCAGAGGGUUUUACCUCAGGAAAACACUGCUGGGAUGUGGAGGUCAAAGGAAGUCAAUUCUGGAGUCUUGGAGUCACUACAGCAUCAAACCAGAGGAAGGGAAAAAAAUUCUUUAACACCGGUGUCUGGUGUGUGCGGUAUGGUUGUACAGUCAGUACUGGUUUUCGUGUUAAACAGGAUUUUGAGUGUGUGAGAGUUGAUCUGGACUGUGACAGAGGAACAGUGUCUUUCUCUGAUCCUGUAACAAACACACAUCUACACACAUUCACAACCACCUUCACCGAGUCUGUCUUUCCUUUCUUCUAUUGUUGGUCUUCUGCUCUAAGGAUCUUACCUAUCCUGGUAUAAACAAUUAUCCUG